UUGGUCGUAGUGGAAUAUUACUAGUUGAGUUUUCAAUUUUCACAAAACAUUGUGCAAAUUUACAAUAUUUAGAGAUGUGAACACACCUAGUUAGAAAAGGAAGAAGAUUCUUCUUCUCUGUUUUUGUGGUGUAUAUUUUUCUUCUUCUUUGACUCCUUGGCUACAUAGAACCUCGUAUCUGCAACUAAAAAUCAAACUCUCUUGCCAAUAAAGAAACAUUUCUAAGCCAGAAAUCUACAUAAGCAUUUUUUCCUAUCUCAUUCUUUAACUCGCUCACGCAUGGACACCGCAAGAAAACUUACGGUCUUAUUAGUCCCACUUUUAUUCGGGCUCUUCUUAGUUCCAAGCGUCCCAGUUCGAGCAACAACAGAGUUUACUUUCCGAGGUUUUAAAGGAAACAAAUCAGCGAUUCGUAUUGCAGGAGAGGCUGCUGUGAUCAAACCAGACGGGUUACUGAGACUCACUAACCGAGCCUCAAACGUCACCGGUACAGCAUUCUACCACAAACCGGUGAGAUUGCUGGAGACCAACAGAAUCGCCACCAGGGUUGGUUCUUUUAGCACUCGUUUCGUCUUUGUUAUAAUCCCUUCCAGCUCUAGCAGUGGAGGCUUUGGCUUCACGUUCACGCUAUCGCCAACCCCUAAUCGUCCCAAUGCUGGAUCCGCGCAGUACUUGGGAGUUCUCAACAAAGAGAACAAUGGUGACCCGAGGAAUCACGUUUUCGCAGUGGAGUUCGACACGGUCCAAGGAUCAGGAGACGAUACUGACAAAAUCGGAAACGACAUUGGUCUUAAUUUCAACAACCGAACAUCUGAUUUCCAAGAGCCGGUCGUGUACUACCAGAAGGACGAUCCAAACAAACGAGAAGAUUUCGAGCUGGAGAGUGGCAAUCCGAUUCAAGCUCUUUUGAGUUACGAUGGAGCAACACAAACGCUAAACGUCACCGUAUACCCGGCGAAACUGGGGUUUAAAGGGACUAAACCAUUGAUCUCACGACAGAUUCCAAAACUGUUGGAUGUCGUGCAAGAAGAAAUGUACGUGGGAUUCACAGCAGCCACAGGAAAGGGAGAUCAGUCGAGUGAUCAUUACCUGAUGGGUUGGAGUUUCUCAAGCGUCGGAGAAAACCCCAUUGCAGCUACGCUAGACCUCUCGGAGCUUCCUCCUCCGCCCGUUUUGAUAGCGGCUUUAUCGGCCGUUAUGGUCAUCAUGCUUGUGUUGCUCUUCUUCUUCGUCAUGUACAAAAAGCGACUGCGACAAGAAGAGACUCUGGAAGACUGGGAAAUCGAUCAUCCUCGCAGAUUCAGAUACAGAGAUCUCUACGUAGCCACCGACGGAUUCAAGGAGGCUGGGAUCAUCGGAACCGGAGGUUUCGGAACGGUUUUCAAAGGAAAGCUCGCCAACUCGGAUGAUCUCAUCGCUGUGAAGAAGAUCAUUCCAAACAGCAGGCAAGGUGUUCGAGAAUUUAUGGCGGAGAUCGAGAGUCUAGGGCGCGUGAGGCAUCGAAACCUCGUGAAUCUCCAAGGAUGGUGCAAACACAGAACCGAUCUUCUGCUGAUUUACGAUUACAUCCCCAACGGCAGCUUGGACUCGCUGCUCUACAGUGUUCCACGGAGAAGCGGCGCCGUUUUGCCGUGGAACGCGCGUUUCGAGAUCGCCAAAGGAAUCGCGUCGGGUUUGUUGUAUCUCCACGAAGAGUGGGAACAGAUCGUGGUUCACAGAGACGUGAAACCAAGCAACGUUCUGAUCGAAUCCAACAUGAACCCGAGAUUGGGAGAUUUCGGACUAGCGAGGCUUUACGAACGAGGAUCGCUGACAGAGAACGGGACGAUUGGGUAUGUGGCGCCUGAGCUGGCCCGCAACGGCAAACCCUCGUCUGCCUCUGACGCUUACGCGUUUGGCGUUCUUCUCUUGGAGAUCGUCUGCGGGAGAAAACCAACGGAUUCAGGUACCUUCUUCUUAGUCGAUUGGGUUAUGGGACUGCACGCGCGCGGUGAGAUUCUCAGUGCGAUCGAUCCGAGACUUGGAUCUGAUUACGACGGCGAAGAAGCAAGGGUCGCUCUCGCCGUGGGUUUGCUGUGCUGCCACCAAAAUCCGGCGUCUCGGCCGUCGAUGAGAGGGGUGCUUAGGUUUCUAAACGGAGAGAUUGAUGGUGACUGGGGGUAUUCAAAGUCAUCACGAAGCGAUUUUGGAUCGAAAUUUGUUCCAUCGUCGAGCUCAAAAGCUUCUUCUUCUUCUUCGUUCGUCACCAGGAUCACUUCGACUUCUCGUGUUACUAGUGGUGGAUAGAUACCACUGUACACUUGCUUCCGUUAUGUUUUUUUUUCUUGAUUAAAUUUCAGUUUUUCCCUUUUCAGUGUACACAAUAUACUAAUAUUUGGAUCGUUAACUGAGCGAAUAUCAAUCUGAA